AUGGGGUCCAUUUUAUCAACCCUCCGCAAUACCUAUUUCAAUUUGCUAGCUCUCUUCCACGAGAUGAACACCACUAAGCAAAGUUUCGACGCACUGAUCUCCCGCGUGAACGACGUGGCACUGCCAAUAAUGAGCCCCUCCACAACAUUCUGGGAAGAUGACCCUCCUUUCCCAGAACUAGUGAACAAGCAAUCUGAAAACUUGUCCGAGAGAGCCGACAUCGUAAUCAUAGGCUCAGGCAUUGCCGGUGCCAGCUUUGCAUAUGCACUUAUCGAACAAAGCCGUAAACUCCACGGCCGUCAGAAUUGGCCACGGAUUGUGAUGCUCGAGGCUCGAAGCAUUUGCAGUGGAGCGACAGGUCGCAACGGUGGACAUAUCAAGUGUUCGCAUUACCAUGAAUAUUCCAGCCUGAAAGCACGAUAUGGAAUGGAGGCUGCGAAGAAGCUUCUCAAGUUUCAGAUGCGUCAUCAUGAUAUCCUGAUCAACUUCAUCCGGGGCUGCUCAUACUUGGAAUUGUCUGGUGGGAGAAAGGUCCUGACUCUGGACGUUUUCACUGAUGAAGAGAAGUGGUUUCAGGCUAAGGAGAUGGUGCAAGACUUGAAGCGGGAUAUGCCUGAAUUUGGCAAGGAGGUCUUGAUUUAUGAGGGCACCGUAGCUUGCAAGGAGCACCAUAUCGACCCUGAGCACUGCUGUGGCAUUAUCACCUACCCCGCCGCAACCCUUUGGCCCUAUCGGUUCGUGACAAGUCUCUAUGCGAUUCUUCUAGAAAUUUGUCCUGUAUUCUCGAUCGAGUGCAACACACCCGCAACAGAAAUUGAUGUAACCGGUUCGAAUCCCCUCCGGCCAUUCGUCGUGCAUACACCUAGAGGCAAAGUCCACACAACUCACAUCAUCCACGCGACAGACGCAUUCGCCGCAAACCUACUGCCGAAUCUAACCGGCAAGAUAUUUCCAGUCCGAGGACACAUGACAGCCCAAAAGCCAGGCAGUCUUUUCCCCAGCCUCGACGGAAAGAAAUCAUGGUGCUUCAACCACAAGAAAGGCUUCGACUACAUUAGUCAACGCCCAGGUUCAGGAAUGCUAAUGGCCGGCGGCGGCAUAGUGCAAUCACCCGAACACGGCAUGGACGAAUUCGGUAUCUGGACCGACGACAAGAGCAAUUAUGCCAUCAAAGCCUAUCUGGAGGGUCUCCUGCCUACGAUGUUUGGCCCCCAGAACUGGGGAGAGGACUCUGGCACUCGAGUCCAAAACUCCUGGACUGGAUGCAUGGGAUUCACCCCGGACUUGCUGCCCUUUGUCGGGCCAUUGGAUGUUAGCAUUACGGGCCGGAAGCUGCCGCAGCCCUUGACUUGCCAGAGACAGCCUUGUGAGUGGAUUUGUGCCGGGUUUCAGGGAGAGGGCAUGGUGUUGGCGUGGCUGUCUGGCGUUGCUACAGCAUUGAUGCUGCUUGGAGAGGAGGUAGACUUUCAGGAGAUGGAUGCUAUUCCCGGUGGUGAAGUUCACGAUUGGUUGCCUGAACAGCUGCUUUGCUCUAAGGAGCGCGUUGACCGGUUGAACGUUUCAGAUCUUGCGGGCCAUUUGUAG